GAUGAAUCGACUUCAAAGGCUUCUCCUUUCUGCUCCAAUCAUACUCUAAAGGUUUGGUAAUCAGACACUGAUAUGGCUAUGACACGAGAGUUAUAUGGAAUUCUGGGCACCAAGUAUGUUCCAUUGUUAAUCCGAAGAUUCUCACUUUGGUCUACGAAGAAAGACCCUGAUCUCGAAUCUGCUCUCUCGCGUAACAAGCGAUGGAUAGUUAACAGUCGGCUCAAGAACAUUAUCUUAAGGUGUCCCAACCAGGUUGCAUCGGUUAAGUUUCUACAGAAGAAGUUUAAGACUCUUGAUCUUCAGGGGAAAGCCUUGAAUUGGCUUAAGAAGUACCCUUGUUGUUUCCACGUUUAUCUCGAGAACGAUGAGUAUUACUGUCGGUUAACGAAACCCAUGAUGACGCUUGUGGAAGAAGAAGAGUUAGUCAAAGAUACACAAGAGCCUGUGCUUGCAGAUCGGCUUGCAAAGCUGCUUAUGUUGAGUGUUAAUCAGCGUCUUAAUGUCGUGAAGCUUAAUGAGUUUAAGCGGAGUUUUGGAUUCCCCGAUGAUUAUGUUAUCAGGAUACUACCGAAGUACUCAGAUGUGUUUCGAUUAGUAAAUUAUAGUGGGAGGAAGAGUUCAAUGGAGAUCGAGCUUUUGUUGUGGAAGCCUGAGUUGGCUGUUUCUGCAGUGGAAGCAGCAGCAAAGAAAUGUGGCUCUGAGCCUAGUUUCUCUUGCUCUUUACCUUCCACAUGGACCAAACCGUGGGAGAGGUUCAUGGAAUUUAAUGCCUUUCCUUACAUAUCUCCGUAUGAGGAUCAUGGGGGUCUUGUCGAGGGUUCAAAGGAGAGUGAGAAGAGAAGUGUUGGUUUGGUGCACGAGUUACUCUGGUUGACGUUGUGGAAGAAGCUGUCAAUCGUAAAGCUGAGUCAUUUCAAGAGGGAAUUUGGGUUGCCGGAGAAGCUAAAUGCUAUGCUUCUGAAGCAUCCAGGCAUAUUCUACGUCGCAAACAAGUAUCAGGUUCACACUGUGAUCCUUAGAGAAGGAUACAAUGGCUCGGAAUUGAUUAACAAGGACCCGCUCGUUGUUGUGAAGGAAAAAUUUGGGGAACUGAUGCAGCAGGGCUUGUAUGAGUAUAAUCACAGGCGAUAUUUGGCUAAUCUAGAGAAGAAGAGAGAGAAAGGUAUAGAAUCUUUGAAGCCUGUGGUGCGAAAGAAAGACAGGAAUCAUGAUGGAGAUGAUGUCGAUGAAGAAGAAAACCAUGGGGAUCGACCAGGUGGUCUGUUUGAUCCAGAAGAGAGGAAAAGGUUUUAUCAGAUUCUCUUCAGUGACACCCAAUAAGAACAUUCUGCUUCGUAAAGGCACACACCAGUGGUCAAGUUUUCUAGCCCCUGAAGACAAUACGUGCUUCAGUUGAUGUAAGCCAUGUUUUGAUAACACAGAAAUUAAGAGGAGCUUCGGAUCCCCAAUGAUUAUGUCAGAUGAUACUAGUGUCAACUUCAUUGCUUAUGGGACAAAAAGGAAUGAUCUUGGAGACAUAUAAUUGAUCGUUUAAGUUGUGUUUCUUUGCAUAUUUGCUUCUGCAUUACAUCUUUUAUGCUGGAAAAGCUUACAGUUAUAGGUAUUCUGGAAGUAGCUUAUGACAGUAGUCAAAUUUGCAAUAAGUGAGAAUGAUUAGG